AUGGACUCGCCAUCAAAACAACCCGCAUCGUUUGCAUGCGUGGUCUGUCACAACCGGAAGGUCAAAUGCGAUAAAAAAGACCCCCGUACUCCCUGUUCAAAUUGCGCAAGGGCAAAUGUGGAAUGCAUCUACCGUGCUCCACCACCGCCUCGUCGCAAAAGGAAUCGAGAAACCAACGGGAGUGUAUCUCAAGAACGCGGAAAAUAUCUUAGACGCAGCACGGGAUUUGACGGAAAUCCCUCUGCCCCUCAGAAUCAUCACCCUACCAAGGGAGAUCAAGGAACUGAAGCAGGGAAAAGUGGAUCUGGGAGGAUGAUCAUGAAAGAUGGCAAUUCCAUCUAUCUCGACAAUGCAGAUUACUUUACCCAGGAUGUGAGCGACGAUUAUGCGAUACUCUCGACAUCUGCAACAAGAGACGUUCUUACGGAGCUCCACCCGAGCCCCCUGAAUAUCUUCAAGUUGUGGCAGGCAUUUCUCGAGAAUGUGAACCCACUCACUAAAAUUAUACACGCUCCAACUGUGCAACAACAAAUCUUGGACGCCAUGAGUGAUCUAUUAAAAGUAAGCCGGGAUGUCGAAGCAUUGAUGUUCGCGAUAUACUGCAUAGCAUUGGUCUCCUUGCAAGCGGAAGAUGUCGAAAAGUCAUUCGGAGAAAGCAAGAAAGCCCUCCUAUCAAAGUACAGACGAGGAGCCCAACUCGCUUUCAAAAAUGCAUCGCUUCUUCGUACAUCAAGCUCAGUUGUUCUCCAAGCGUUUAUGCUAUACCUACUUUGCAUGCGUUCGUUUUCUGAUCCACAUACUAUCUGGACAUUAUGUGGCAUUGCAGUAAGAGUUGCGCAACGAAUUGGAAUCCAUCGUGACGGAUCUGCACACGGACUUUCAGUAUUCGAAACUGAGAUGCGCCGUCGCAUCUGGUUCCAGCUCAUGAUCAUAGAUGCCACGUCUGCGCAGUUCUGUGGUGUAGCAUCAACACCGCUCCCAGCCACAAUUGAUGUCCAACCUCCAAUGAACGCAAAUGAUAGCGACCUCGAUCCUCGCAUGACCGAGCCAGCCUGUGAGAAGCAAGGGACGACAGAAAUGAUGUUUGUUCUGGCACGGAGUGCAUUUGGAAAAUGGCUCCUUCGUUUGUCAAACCAGGCUGAGAGUUCUAAUGUUGGGCCAUGGGCUUUCUUGUCAUCGUCAUCGAUGCCCUUGAGGGACAAGGACAAGACAAUUGAUGAACUUGAAGCACACAUGGAAGACAGGUUCCUUCGGCACUGUGAUCAAUCCAUCCCGCUACAUAUGGCGACGACAAUGAUGGUGCGUUCGGCUAUAUACUACACCCGGAUGAUGGCCCAUCAUCCUCGUCAAUACCAGUAUCGCAACCCCACUAUCUCCCAAGUAGAGAAAAACGUCAUCUUCGAGAAUUCCCUAAAGAUGAUAGAGUAUGCUGACUACGCCCAAAACGACCCAGUUGUACGGAAAUACUCGUGGCACACGGUGAAUCACAUGCCGUGGGACGCCAUAAUAUUCAUGCUCUCGGAGAUGCACCACCGGACUGAUCCCGAAGAGAAGAGCAAAGUCUGGCAAUUGAUUGGAACUGUGUACUCAGGGCAUAUCAGGACGAUGAGCAAGAACGGCCCAACGCCUCUCCACAUGGCCAUUCAAAACUUGAUUGUCAAGGCCUGGCGGACGUACAUCGAAGAGUGUAACCUCAACCACCGUACACCAACACCUUGUCCAACCAUCGUUGCAUCCUUGCUAGCCAAUGCAGCAGGAAUUUCUAGCCCGCAACAGGAAGAUGAAAACUUCCCAGCUGCCAAGCAUGGUGCUAGGCCACAAAGCCAACCUAGGUAUGACCGUUCUAGUUCGCAAUUUGGACCGGAGGCCGAAAACUUUUGUUUCCUCCUUGGUGAUAGCCCGCAGGAUUGGAAUGACUGGGACAAUCUUCUCAGUAACUUCCAAGGAUCUUUUACAGAUGAUGCGACAUAUCUGUCGUGA